UCCCUGUUACAACUGUUGUCUUGAUCAGCGCGUAACAGUGAAAAGAGUGGUAAAAAGCUUGAAUGGUCUACGAGUCAAUAGGUCAUGAGCACUAGAAGUUUAAUUAUUUGGGUAUAAACCUACUAAUCGGUGAAACAAAUGGGUAGUCUUCCUUUCUUUCUUCAAAUAAAGGUCGAUGUGUAUAAGCAGCCCAUUACAGAUUUGAGCAAGAAAUCGAAGAAAGGCCUACUGUCCCUUGAGAAAGACGCAGAGGGGCAUUACAUCACAGUAGAAGAAGGGAAAGGAGACGCAAAAAAGGAUUUGUUGGUAACCGUGUUUGAAAAUGGUCGACUUCUCAAAGAAUACAGCUUUGAGGAAAUACGACAGUGUGCUGAGUUACCCCUAGUCUUGUCUGCCAAGCAAUCCAAGACGUAAUUCAGACGACGUCGGCACCUUCAGCUGAUCAAUACAUGAUAACAUGUUACAUGGCACAUUUUAAUUCACUUUAAAUAAGCGACAAAAGCUAUAAAGGAAAUAAUAGCGACGCACGUAGAAUUAAUGUUUGAUGGUAGACUCGGUUUGAAACAUAGAAAUAUUUGUUUUAGGAUGUAAAAAUAUAACCCAAUCAAAGAAUAUAUCAUGAGAAUAAAAACAUAGAGCAGAAACAAAGCCAAAGUUGUAAAGAUGCACGCUUUCUAAUGGCUAGUUUUAAUUUUCUUGUAACCAGGACUGCAUGACAAAACACAAUACUUGUUAGCAUUGAUUAGCAUAUCUGCAGUACUCCAAAAAAUAUAAAGGCAAACUGAAGGAAAAAAGCCAAAGCUUGCAUUUGGCGAAAUAUCUUAGCAAAAUUGUUUACUUUGUGAAGAAAGCAACAAAUUUGGCACAGAUGGAGAUUUUAAUCAACUAAUGAAAUUCAGAUCUAGAAAUAAAGUUAUCGCCAGCCACUGACAGGGUAGUGUGACUACGAGGCUAAAAUACAAAAUCCAUGUUCACUUUGUGAAGAAAGCACCAAAUUUGGCUCAAAACGGGAGUUUUGCCAGAUCAUCAUUACAACGCAGGCUAAAAGCGUCUGACCUGAAAAACCUGAAUAAACACAUGAUAUUUGUA